AUGCAACUACAAAUAGAAAUUAAAAAAAAAAUUAAUAAAUGUGGUCUAUUCGUCGACAAAAAUAUUCCAUUUUUGGCAGCAACUCCAGAUGGUUUAAUAGAAGACGAUAAACUAUCUAUUUCGGACAAAAAGCUUCCUUAUAUGAAAAUUAAAAAUAAUUUACCGACUUUGAAAAAAGAAAGUCAUUAUUUUUACCAGAUCCAAGGUCAAUUACAUGUGACUGAACGUAACAUUUGUUAUUUCUUUAUAUACACUCCAAACUGGAAUCACUUAGAAAUAAUAAAAUAUGAUGACGAAUUUUGGUCCUCAAAAAUGGAAUCAAGCCUAAAGUUAUUCUACGAAGAGUGCUUGUUAAGAGAGCUAAUUGACCCUCAGUUCAUUAAACGUAUGUUGAAAAAUGAUAUAAUUGAACCUCCACAUAUCAUACAAAAUAUUGAAGAAUUCAAAAAAAAGAAAUCAAUAAAAAAUUAA